AUGGACGGCGACGAGGCCCCGGAGGCGGCGGCCACAGUGAAGGAGGCGCCCAAGCGGCUGGCCGACGCCCUGGGCUUCUCCUUCUCGCCAUGCGGCCUGCUCUUCCCGUAUUAUAUAGGCGUGUGGAAGGCGCUGUGCGAGACUGGCCUGAUCGCCCCGGACACGCCCGUGUCCGGCUCCUCCGGCGGAUGCCUGCUGGCCGUCUUCAAUGCCUGCGAGAUCGACCCUGAUGACGUCAUGCGGGUGAACCGAGAGAUUCAGGAGAGGCUGCUGGCGAAGCCCCAGGACAAGAUCCUCGGCGAGGUGGUGAAGGGGGCGAUGCAGGGGCUCCUGCCGGAUAAUGUACACACCACUGUGUCCAAGCGCGUUGGGAUCGCGAUCACCAGGCUGUGGCCCAUCCCCUGGGGCAUCCUUGUGGAGGAUUUUGUUUCCAAGGAGGACGUUGUGGACGUAAUGGUCGCCAGCACAUACAUGCCAGCAAUGUCUGGUCCCAAUUGGGGCUGCCGCACGAGACAUGGCCUUGCUGCAGACGGCCUGCUCUCUAAAUUCUUUCCAUCAGUGCCCAAGGCAUGCAGAAGCCAUGUGAAGAUCACAAUAAAGGUUUCCGCUGCGCCAAAGGAAGCGCGCCCAUGGUUCACUGGGAAGGCAGACAUAAGCCCAGACCUGCGGUCUCGUGAGCACAGGUACCCAAAGAAGAAAUACUACUAUUUAGCCAUGAACCCUUUCAAUCUGGACAUCAUUGACGACCUUAUGAGUGACGGGUACAAGGAUGCCAUGGUCUGGGUGCAGAGGUUUCUGCAUGCACAUAGGCAGCAGAAUUGA